AUGGCGGUUUAUCGCAGCGGAACCAAAGUAACCCGAUGCUUCAAGCCUGACUUCGUGUUGGUGAGGCAGAAUGUCCGAGACGCAGGGUCUGACCACCGAGCCUUGCUUCUUGGUCUCAAGUUCGGCGGCGUACCUUCCAUCAACAGCCUAAACUCUAUCUACCACUUCCAGGACCGUCCUUGGGUAUUCGGUCAUCUCCUCCAGUUACAGCGGCGUCUCGGCAGAGAGAACUUCCCGCUCAUCGAGCAGACCUACUACCAUAACCACACUGAUAUGGUCACAGCGCCGAAGUUCCCGGUGGUGAUCAAGAUAGGGCACGCGCACAGCGGCGUCGCCAAAGUGAAAGUGGACACGGUGGCUGACUUCCAGGAUAUCGCCGGAGUGGUGGCAAUGCUCGGCACCUACUGCACCGUGGAGCCCUACAUCGACGCGAAGUACGAUAUCCAUAUACAAAAAAUCGGCACUAACUACAAAGCUUUCAUGCGCAAAUCUAUAUCGGGAAAUUGGAAAACCAAUCAGGGAUCCGCGAUGCUCGAAGCUAUCGGCAUGAACGACAGAUAUAAGAUGUGGAUCGACGAGGUGAGCGAGAUAUUCGGCGGUUUGGAAGUGUGUGCUUUAGAGCUGGUGGUAGGGAAAGACGGUCGCGAGCACAUCAUUGAGCUCAAUGACUCCGCCACUUCCUUCAUGGGCGACUCGCAGGAAGAAGAUCGCCGCCAUCUUGCCGAAUUAGUGCUGCAACGUAUGCAGGCUGUAUGCCGCCCGGGUAUAACAAAGACGACAUCACGAAGCUCAGUGUCGGGCAGCUCUGCAGCAGGAUCCCCGACAGAAGAACGGGCCCCACCAGUCGGCGCCCCUGGUCCCCCGAGCGUACCACCACCAGCGCCCCUAGCGUCUGCCGCCAGCAUUGACCGCCCACUGCCACCAAUACCCGCGGAACCGUCGCAGCCGCCACCACCACCCCUCACUCGGCGCGACUCACAGGGUAAAAAAUCGUCUCAAGCUUCGACUGUGUCUUCGGCAUCGGCUGCUCCCAGCACUACUAGCAGCACAGCUCCCACCGCGGCCCCGCCUAGCGCGGGCUCCACCCCAGCUCGUGGAGGAUUUGCCCGUCAGGGCUCUCUCAGUGCAGCACUUACGGAAGACGCUGAAGAUACUAUGAAAAAUCUACGCAAAACAUUCGCUGGAAUAUUUGGGGACAUGUAG